UUUAAACUUUAAAUGGCCAAAGUGGACAGCUGGGUGUGAGGGAGUGUGUUUCAACAUAAAUGCAGCCUGAAGAACAGCAAGGAUAAGAGGCUGGAGGAGCUCUGUUCCCUCAGCUGAAGCCUCGCGUUGAGGAUUUGUUCUUAUGUAAAACCUUUUGGAGUUUGCUGAGCAUUUGAUCCAGUCAUGGGUGCUUUUAUCGCCAAGAUGCUGCUUCCGACCGUCAGCAGCCUGGUGUUCCUGCCGGCAGCCAGCGUGGCUGCAAAGAGGGGCUUCCACACCGAGGCCAUGGUCUACUUCUUCACCAUGUUCUUCACUGCGAUUUAUCAUGCAUGUGAUGGUCCAGGCCUCUCCAUCCUGUGUUUUAUGAGAUACGACAUUCUGGAGUACUUCAGUGUUUACGGCACGGCACUCUCGAUGUGGGUCACACUCACAGCCCUGGGAGACUUCGAUGAACCCCAGCGCUCCAGUAUAACUAUGUUUGGAGUGUUGACCAUCGCUGUUAGGAUCUACCAGGACCGCUGGGGCUACGGAAUCUACUCUGGACCCAUCGGAUCAGCCGUCUUCAUCAUCACUGUCAAAUGGUCAGAUAAGUUUUUUAUUGUCUGUUGGGUUGAUCUGAGUGACGGUGUCCUGCUGUUCCAGCUUCAGAAGAUGAAGCAGCUGAGGGCCGUUUAUCCAGAGAGGACCGUUUACACGCAGCAGGUCGGUCCAGGCUGCUGUUUCGGCGCUCUCGCAUUGAUGCUGCGCUUCUACUUUGAGGAGUGGGACUACGCCUACGUCCACAGCUUCUACCAUCUGUCUCUGGCUGUGUCCUUCGUGCUGCUGCUCCCGAAGAAAAAUCGUUAUGCAGGGACGGGGGGAAAUGCUGCAAAGAUCACCUGUUUUACUCUCUGCUGCUGCACCAUGUCCCCAGGUUCUUCCAAAGAAAAAACAGAAAAACCAAAGAAGAAGUCGUCUCGGACACUUUGGAAAGUCCCCACAGAGAAGCUGUGGACUCGAGGGUCCAGCACCCCCAUCCUUCCGGUUUGCAGUCCCCCACCCUCCACACCUGUUAAAGGGACGAGCAUCAGCAAGCUCAAAGAGAUGAACGGCUGGAAGUAAAGCCUUGGUCACUCUGACGGCUCGACAAGCAACUGGAAACUCACCAAAUACCUGUCAGGAAAGAUGAAAACCAGCCAUCAUGUGGAAUUUCUGCUUCAAAACUGCUUUUUGGCUGGUAGACUAUUUAAGCAGUUAUCUCAGGAAUCCACCAGUGGCUGAAGCCAGAUGAUAAACAAACAAAAGUGACCUGAUGUAAAAUGUGAGGUGAAUUAGACCUCAGAUCAGAGCCCAGGACACACACAGCACCGUCUCUGAGACAGACGGCCGAGACGACCCUGUAAAACUGACAGAGAAAUUUAUGAGAUGAUCAGACCAGCAGAUGGUUUAUCUCGCCAAAAUAUAUAAAUUGUACUUAGAGAUGUUUCUCAGGGGAAAAUGUUGGUCUGCUCGCCUCUUCCCAUCCUCUCUUCCUUCUCUUUUCCAUCUUUAGAGAAAAGAAGCACAUGGCUUCUGAGAGUUAUCAGACUGUAAAGCAAUAUUCGCUGUUUUAUACGUCCUGAAGGUGCCAUAGACGUCAUGAGGAGCAGCCACCCAGACAACAGUCUGACUGAGGCAUCUUAAUGUUUUCUGGAGAAACAGGUGGACUCCUGCUGUCAUCUCGGUCUCUGUUUAUCUCACUUCACUCUGUGUGAUAAAGUAUUUAUUUAUUACAGUUUGAAUGGUUUGUGUCUGAUUUUCAUAAUUUUGUAAUUUUUGGAAAAUAAACUGGAAUAUUGAGACAACGUU